AUUUCCGUUAGCAUUUUUUCGCAGAACCAAUCUUAAAAAAUACAUCGAUACAGUAUAAAUAACAGUUCUAGUAGAGCUGUUAACAGUCAAUUACAGCUUUUAAUCGUGAUCUUGUACAAGAAAGAACGUAGUCAGUACGUGGUCCGUGAAAGCCAAGUGAAAAUUAUAGCACAAGUACAAUAUUAUUCCGUUUUAGACAGCGUUUGGGAUGACAAGACCGUGCCGCCAUGCCGUACUCGUUAUUUACUUUAUAGCAGUGGGGUUUCGCUGGACAGUUCAGUCUGCUCCAAAUCGUGAAGUUUUACGAAGAAAUACAGCUCCAGAGAUUGACACUGCCCGGCUGUACUGUCCGAAUCAGCAAAAUUCGAAUACAAUGCAGGCUGAUGAAACAACAGAAGCGUCCGGAGAACAAGAUACAUUUGAAAUGAGAUACUUACCACAAAAUGAACUGCCUAUUAACAGUACAGAGACUGCCUUGAAUAUGAACGACAUUGUGCACCAUAGUGCUGAAAAUCUGCUUAAAAUUUUGCUCAAUGUAAGCAUGGCCUGUGCUGAAGUCAGCCGCGUUUACAGCAUCGGAAAUUCAGUAACCGGUACACCGUUGUGGGUGAUUGAAUUUUCGAAUAACCCUGGAGUGCACGAAACAGGAGAGCCAGAGUUCAGAUACGUAGCGAAUAUGCACGGAAACGAGGUCACGGGACGAGCAUUGACGCUUCGCUUUGCUAAAGAAUUGUGUCACGGAUAUUUAAACGGAGACGUCCGAAUUCAAAAUAUCAUCCGCUCAACACGUAUUCACAUCAUGCCAUCAAUGAACCCGGAUGGGUUCGCUAUUUCUAAUCAGAAUCAAGCCUCUGGAGUAGGGAGGUUUAACCACAAUGGUGUAGACUUGAAUAGAGAUUUCCCGGACCUCAGCGCCACUAUACCGCCGUAUUCGGCGCAUUCGACAGGGAUUAAAAAGAAUUCUGAAGGCAUCGCCCGAGCAACUUUUGAGGAAGAUAUUUCCACGAAUUGGGGUUGGACUGGCAAGUGUAAUUUGAGGAAGUCAAGUGAAUUAGACAAGCCGAUGCAAAGAGAAACUAAGGCGGUGUUAGAUUGGAUGAAUGCUAUUCCGUUUGUGAUGGCUUACGCGUUUCAUGAUGGAGCAGUCGGUGUGGUUUACCCCUUUGACAAACGGCCUAGGAACAUGUGGUAUGGGGCUACCCCAGACGACGAAUUACUUCGGUAUCUGGCGUCAAACUAUGCUCAAACUCAUCUGCAUAUGAGCGACCGCAGUGCAUUUGGUAGGGACUACAAUUGCCGUUUUACGAACGGCGAUUUUCACAGACAUGGCGGCGUAGUGAACGGCGCUGCUUGGUAUUCGAUAUCUGGGGCGUUUGAAGAUUAUUCCUACAUAGGUACGAACUGCUUUAGCCUGUCGGUUGAAGCCAGUUGCACAAAAUGGGUCACACAACGACGCCUGCGUGAAGAAUGGUUGAAUAACAAAGAAGCUAUGCUGUCUGCUGUUGAAAAAGUGCAUAUGGGCAUAAAAGGCGUUGUAACUCACAGAGUAACUGGCUCGCCUUUAAGAAAUGCUGUUAUACACAUAACAGGGCAAAACAAAGAUGUAACUACGGCUGAGACCGGUGAUUACUGGCGACCUUUACUGCGUGGUAUAUACACAGUGUACGCCAGACACGGUAGAUUUGUAUCCAGCCCAAAGCACGUAUAUGUAAGAAACACAUCUCCGUUCAGUGCCACAAUACUCAACUUUCAGUUGUACUGAAUUCUCAUUUUUUGCUUCAAUAUUUUUAUAUUUAUUUUCAAAAGCCUAUAUUUACAUGUGUUUCUGUUUUCUGCUAUUUUCAUGACGUUUUUCACUCUUGUUUGUGUACCUUGACUAUAGUAUAGAACCUUGUUUUUUUUAUGUACUACAUAGCUGAUACACAAAGUCUUAAUCAUUUUGUGAACAAAUUUCAGUUAAAAUACAAGUGUUCUUAAAAUAAACAAAUGCAUUUGCUGUUUAUAGAAAAGUAAUUUGGGUAAAAUAUGCUAAAACAAUAGUCAUACAAAAAAGCAGAAGACUACAGGAAAAGUAAACCAAAACUGUUUUUUCCGACUGUACUACACUUUCGUAAAAAAAUUUUUUAACAAAACUACAAAUUAAGUAAGCAAAUGAAGUGCAAUAGGAGAAAAAAAUCUUUUAUUUUUUAAAUAUGAAAUUUUCCAGAUACUUGAAAGCUUAUAACGUCAAAUUUGAGAUUCAUUUCAUGGUUUUUGAUCUGCAUCAGGCUGAGGAAGCCUUUGUUUUACACAAGCGGCAUCUAUGUCAUAAUAUGAAAAUUCACUGUAGGAAUAAUAUUCGGGGGCAUUGUACUUUGUUGGGUCUGUAGUUUGACUUGCUGACUUUGGUGGCGGGACAGGGGGUUGAGAUUGGUUGGUUGUUUCUCCACUUAGAUUUCGACGCAUUGAUAGACUUGUCAGUAGUCUUGCCCUCACAGCAGGCAUCAACUUGACAGAUAUAUUUACACAGCUCAACAUUGUGGCAAAGAGCUUA